AUGGCCCCUUCAGCUGUUUCUCAGACCAUCGAGGAAAUUACCCAUUCCCUCAAGGUCAAGGCCGCUCCCCAGGUGCCGUCCGGCCCCAACUCGUCUCAGGUUGCCGACCGUCCUGAGGCUGAGCAGGUUCAGUCUCUGGGCAAAACCAAAGACGGCCGUCUGCUCAAAAUCCGCACCUAUCCCAAGUUCGAUAGCCUCGAGGAGGAGCGCCUCUACAGGAAGCAACAUCUCGCCGCCGCCUUCCGCAUCUUUGCCGAUCGUGGCUUCGAUGAGGGCAUUGCUGGUCACAUUUCCGUCCGUGACCCCAUCUUGACUGACCACUUCUGGCUUAACCCUCUAUCUAUGCACUUUUCCCUGAUCAAGGUCUCCGAUCUCGUUCUUGUCGACGAAAACGGCUACGUCGUGAUUGGCGAUGAGCCCAUUAACACUGCUGCCUUCACCAUACAUUCUGCGAUCCACAAGGCUCGUCCAGAGAUCCAUGCCGCCUGUCACGCCCACUCCAUCCAUGGCAAGGCCUUUGCCGCCUUUGGCCGCCCCCUGGAGAUGCUUACCCAGGACUCGCUCCGAUUCUACAAGGAUCACUCUAUCUACCAGAACUAUGGCGGCGUCGUCCUUGAUGCCGAGGAGGGCCUGCGUAUUGCCGAGUCCCUGGGCAGCAGCAAGGCAAUCAUUCUGCUCAACCAUGGUCUCUUGACUGUUGGCCAGACCAUUGAUGAGGCAGCCUUUUGGUUCAUUAGUCUCGACAAGAGCUGCCACGUACAACUCCUCGCUGACGCUGCUGCUGCCGGCGGCCACAAGAAGAUCUUGAUUGACGAGAAGGAGGCCGAGUACUCGCGCAAGAACGUAGGUGGUCCCGACAAGGGCUGGCUGGCCUUCCAGCCUUACUACGACGAGAUUGUCGCUAAGACGAAUGGAAACUUCCUUGCUUAA